AUGCUGGCCCAGGCAGCUCGACGCGGCGCGCAGUUCGGCGCCGCAACCCACAGCUUCGCGGCCACUAGAGGCUUCGGGCUGGCUGGCAGCCGCUACCAGACGAUGGUGAAGCCCGCGAUGGCCGCUCCGACCAAGUCGACGUCGCUGUGGUCGCGUCUCGGCCUGCAGGCGGCCAAGCCGACCAAGCAGCCGCUCGUCUACUCCACGAAAGCUCGGGUUCGCUGCGAUUGUAGUGUAGUGCAAUGUGCAAAGCUGACAGUGUGCGGUGUGCAAUUUUUGCAGAAGUUCGCGGCGUCGACGGCGACGAUCGAGAACGUGGCGGCCAACCGCCCCAUUGCGUACUGGAUCUUCGGCACGGCGGCUAUGGUUGGCGGCAUGAUUGCUGUCGGUGGAGCUACGCGUCUGACGAGGUCGGGGCUGUCCAUGGUGCAGUGGAAGCCGCAGGGCAGUCUGCCGCCCAUGACCCCGGAGGAGUGGGAGGCCCAAUUCGAGAUCUACAAGCAGUUCCCGGAGUAUCAGCAGCGCAAGAACAUGACGGUGGAGGACUUCAAGGGCAUUUUCUGGUGGGAGUACGGCCACCGCAUGCUGGGCCGCACGGUCGGGAUGGUGUACACGCUGCCGUUGAUCUAUUUUAUGCUGCGUAAGCGUCUGCCUGUGGAGCUGCACAAGCGAUUCGCUGUGCUCUUCGGUCUGGGUGCGGCGCAGGGAGGUGUCGGCUGGUGGAUGGUGCGCAGUGGUCUCGAGGAGCACGGCAAGGAGCAGCUCGAGAAGCGCAACGAAGUGCGCGUGAGCCCCUACCGUCUCGCCACACACAGAUUAUGGAUGAAUGCUGGCGUUGUACUGACUGACCCGCUCGUUCACUGCUAUCGACAGCUUGGAUUCGCCUUCACGACGCUGGGCGUUCUUCUGUGGACUGGUUUCAACCUGGUGGCGCCUCCUUCGCGUGCUGCGAUGGCGCGUGAGAUGAUUUCGCCGGACGUUCUGAAGCAGACUCGGUUCAUCCGCAAGAUCCUGGGCCACGUUUCCACCGCUCUGGGUUACACGAUCCUCUCGGGCGCGUUCGUGGCGGGCAUCGAUGCCGGCAUGGCCUACAACACGUUCCCCAAGAUGGACGGCCAGUGGAUCCCGGACGACCUGUUCGUGCUCGAGCCCAAGUACAAGAACUUCUUCGAGAACGUGCCGCUCGUGCAGUUGGACCACCGCGUGCUCGCGCUGAGCACGCUGACGGGUUUCGGCGGCGUGUACGCCAUGGCCCGCCGCCCGCACAUCUGGAGCCAGCUGCCGCAGCAGUCGCGCAACGCGCUCAACAUGGCGCUGGCUGCGGCCAGCGGCCAGGUGGCGCUGGGCAUCACGACGCUCCUCACCUGUGUGCCGAUCCCGCUGGCCGUGUCGCACCAGUGCGGUGCCAUCGUGCUCAUGACGGCCACGCUCUGGUCGCAGCACACGCUCAACUUCGCCAAGCCGCUCAAGAAGGCCGCCACGGCCGCCAUCAAGGCCGCGCCCAAGACGCUGUAAGAAGAAGAACACUUCAGCAAGCGUCCACCUCAAAAGCAUGAGAUGGACACACGGUACGUAACGUAGCGUCCACCUU